UCCCGGCCAGGCAGCCUGUUCUCCUGGUGACAGUUCAUGCUUGUGCAUCGCUCUCUAGACCAAGACCUCCAAGUGCCGCAGUCCUCACAGGCUGAGUGCUUCAGCACCAAAACCGCUCACAAUGCUCCUGUUUGCCGAAUAAGAGAGACACGGAGGAAGCCUGGAUCUUGACUCCUUGGACCCGCUGUGUCCACUGUCCUCAUCCCUUGCUGGUGCGUGGCGGCGGAGGUAGUGGGUGCACCGCAUGGAGAAGGUCCAAGAGGGAUAGGAAGAGACAACUGCAGAGGACGCUCUGUUUGGAGGCAUCCGCUGUUUUGAUCCCCUCAGACGGCCUUGCAUGGAGGAGACAUCAUGGCUACGUUUGUGUGCCGGGUGCAGUUCUUAGAUGAUACUGAUCCAUUCAACAGCACCAACUUCCCGGAGCCCAGCAGAGCUCCUGUGUACACCUUCAGGGAAGACAUUCCUCUCAUAAAUCAGAUAGCUGGUGUCCACAGGCUGCUCAAAGCCCCCCACAAGGCUGAUGACUGUGCACUGCAAUUGUCCCACAAUGGAAGCUAUCUGGACUUGGAGUCGACGCUGGCAGAGCAAAAGGACGAGCUGGAAGGAUUUCAAGACGACGGAGGAAGAGGCAAAAAACACAGCCUUAUACUUCGAACGCAGCUGUCAAUCAGAGUCCACGCCUGCAUCGAAAAACUGUACAACUCCACUGGAAGGGAGCUAAGGAGAGCCCUGUUUUCCCUCAAGCAGAUAUUUCAGGAUGACAAGGACCUGGUGCACGAGUUUGUGCUGGCCGAGGGACUGACAUGUCUCGUAAAAGUGGGAGCUGAAGCCGACCAGAACUACCAGAAUUACAUCCUCAGAGCUCUUGGACAGAUAAUGCUGUUUGUGGAUGGCAUGAAUGGCCUCAUCACCCAUAAUGAAACAGUCCAGUGGCUCUACACUCUUGUUGGAUCCAAGUUCCGUCUGGUGGUGAAGACAGCCUUGAAGCUCCUGCUGGUGUUUGUGGAGUACACAGAGUCGAAUGCCGCUUUGCUCAUAAAGGCUGUGAACGCCAUGGAUUCUAAAAGUGGUGCCAAACUAUGGGGGAACAUCAUGGAGAUCUUGGAUGAGAAGGAUGGAGUUGAUACGGAACUACUGGUGUAUGCAAUGACACUUAUCAACAAGACUCUGGCAGGUCUCCCUGACCAGGACUCCUACUACGACAUGGUGGACUGUCUGGAGGAGCAAGGCAUUGAGGUGGUGACACAGAGGCACCUGAGCAGGAAGGGCACUGACCUUGACCUUGUAGAGCAGUUGAACAUCUACGAGACGUCUCUUCGGCAUGAAGAUGGUGACGAUGAGACGCACCUGCCUCCCAGCGGCAGAAAGGAUCGGCGCCAGGCGAGUGUCGGUGGCACCAGUGAGCGGCACGGCCUGGAGAGACGGCGUAGCCGCAGACAUUCACUCCAGUACAGUAGAGGUCACGCCUCAGUCCCAGCAUCGCCCUGCAGCCCUCACGUGAACAGCUUCCUACCCUUUGGUGGCCAGCGUGUUGAAGACAUCACUGAAAGAGACGAGGAAGAGGAGGAGGAGGAAGGAGAGGAGGCGGAGGAUGAGGAGAACGAGGAGGACGAGGAGGAGGCAGAUGAUGAAAGUCAUGCAGGCUCUGAGUCCUCUAGGCAGGGCACUCACAGUGUGGCAGAAACAUCUAACCCUCUUAGAAAAACCUGCUGGGCCGAAAGGGUCGCUUCCAAUGGAAGUCCAUAUCCAGGCAGGCACCAGACUCCAACCCCGCCCAACACUCGCUUCACUAGUACAGCGACCUGCACACCGGACUCCAAAGCUGACCGACCUGCUAUAGGAGGCUUGCUGAGCUCCUCAUACAGACAGCAUCAGGAGUCUCUGGCUGCAGAGAGGGAGAGGAGACGUGUGGAACGAGAAGAACGUCUGCAGAGGAUCGAAUGGGAGGAGAGGAAUCGCUUGAAUCAAGAUAUCGUCGACAAAAGAGAAGAAACAAGACAAGCCAGAGAGGAAAGGUACAAGGCUGUGGAAAGGCUAGCAGCUGAGGAGUUUGAGCAAGAGCGACCCAGGGUUCCAGUCAGGGGCCGCACCGAGAUCACGCUCUGUUUGAGUUCGAACCCCGUCGUCCGCUCAGCGUCCCGCUGUGUCACGACAUCAUCCAUCGUCUCACAGCAGGCCCCCAGUGCUCAGCAGAUGUCGGAGACACCAUCGAUCCCUGAGUCAAAACUUGACCCAAAGGCCAGAACCAAAAGUCCUGCAUCCAAGUUGACUGCAUCAGAAUUUUGUCCUUCACCUCCCUCACAACCAAAUAUGGCUGCAACAGAGCAGCCAGCAGACACGGAGGAUGUUGCUGAGAUUCAGCCAGAUCAGAAUGUACUUGUUGCGCCAGAGGAGUGUGAAGAGGGAGGAGUGGAAAGAGGAGACAGGCAAGAAGAGGAGAAACUAGAGGAGCAGGAAGAGUGUGAGACAGAGAGAGACGUUGAAGAGGACGUCAAAGUGGACGAUGAAACGGUAGAAGAUGACACACAGGUAGCUGAUGCAGAGGAAGUAGCUGAUGUAGCGCAGGUGUGUAGUGUAGCAGUGGCCGUAGAUGUAGUGGAUGUUGAAUUGGAGGAGGAUUGUGACAAGGAUCAGAUGAUUGAGAGGGAUGUCGAGGAAAGUGUAGUACUGAGUGAGAAGGAGAGACAGAAUGAGGAAGUGAACGAAAAGGACAACUGCUCCGCAUCCAGCAUCUCAUCCACCAGCAGCACUCUGGAGAGGGAGGAGCGUGAGGAAAAACUCAAAAAUGACAUUGACGCAGGCCAGUGGAGCCAGUGCAUCAAAGACUCUGAAGAGAACCACAUCCUCAACAAGCACUUCAUUCUGGACAUGCUCUACACGUCCAACAAGGAGGACGCAGAAGGAGAGACGGAGAAAGAAACUAAAUGCAAAUGUGAAAAGGACACAGAGGAGGCUGACUCCUCUGUGUCCAGCUUGGCCAGCAGGAUCUCCACAUUGGAGGCUCACAGACAGGCCAGAGAAGAAAAUGUGAAGAAGAUGGAGGUGGGGAACCUGGACAAGCAGGGAACUGUGCGGGCAGUGGCGGAGAAAUUUGGAGAUCUGGUUAAAGGUCUAGCAUCUCCUUCGGAAGUGGAGGCCACAGUGGACAAAUCCUCCAUUUGCAUCUCGUCAGCCCAGAAGAAGGAGUCAGACCAAAUCUGGGAUCAGCUGAUGGCCACGCCCAAGGAGCUACGCAUCAAGGAGAUGGAUUUCACAGACCUCAGGGAUGAGGAUGACAUGGAUAUUGUAGAUUUGAACAGCAUGAUGGGGUCGCGUGAUCUUCUCCCACCGCCGCCUCCCCCACCUUGCAACACCGCUCUACCACUGCCCCCGCCCCUCUUUGGGUGCCCCCCGCCUCCCCCCCUCCUUGGCAAAAUGAUGCACCCGCCUCCACCGUUCAUGGCGCCUGUGCCACCACCUUCCCCACAGUUGAGUCGGGGUGAGGUCCCUCUCUUCCUCAAGAAGAAGAAGACCAUCCGGCUCUUCUGGAACGAGGUGCGCCCCAUGGAAUGGCAGUGUAAGAGCCACAAGUUCUGUAAGGAGUCCUUGUGGUCCAAACUGGAGCCACUUAAACUGGACACAUCCAAGCUGGAGCAGCUAUUUGAGUCCAAAUCUAAGGAGCUUCCUGUUACCAAGAAAGCGGCGGUUGAUGGCAAAAGGCAAGAAAUCAUCGUCCUGGAUUCCAAACGCAGCAACGCCAUAAACAUUGGUCUUACUGUCUUGCCGCCUCCUCGUACCAUCAAGACGGCCAUCCUCAACUUUGAUGAGUAUGCGCUGAACAAAGAAGGUAUUGAGAAAAUCCUGACCAUGAUCCCCACGGAGGAGGAGAAGCAGAGGAUCCAGGAGGCUCAACUGCUCAAUCCGGAUAUUCCCCUGGGCAGCGCCGAGCAGUUCCUCCUCAUCCUCUCCUCCAUCACAGAGCUGUCGGCCCGCCUGCAGCUGUGGGCCUUCAAGAUGGACUAUGAGCUUAUUGAGAAGGAAGUGGCUGAGCCUCUCCAGGAUCUCAAAGAAGGGAUGGACCAACUGGAGAAAAACAAGACCCUCCGCUACAUCUUGACCACGUUGUUAGCCAUCGGCAACUUCCUUAAUGGCACAAAUGCCAAAGGCUUCGAGUUGGGUUACCUGGAGAAAGUCCCCGAGGUGAAAGACACGGUUCAUAAGCAGUCCCUACUGCACCACGCCUGCUCCAUCGUGGUCGAGAAGUUUCCGGACAGCUCCGAUCUUUACUCGGAGAUUGGCGCCAUCACCCGUUUGACCAAGGUGGACUUUGACCAGCUUCAAGACAAUCUCUCUCAGAUGGAGCGAAGGUGCAAAGCAUCAUGGGAUCACCUCAAGGUCAUCUCCAAACACGAGAUGAAACCGGCAUUGAAACAGAAAAUGUCUGACUUCCUCAAAGACUGUGCGGAGAGGAUUAUUAUUCUAAAGAUCGUGCACAGGAGGAUCAUCAACAGGUUUCACGCCUUCCUGCUGUUCCUGGGCCACCCCAUAUACGCCGUCCGCGAGGUCAGCAUUCACCGUUUUAGCAAAAUCCUGAGUGAAUUUGCCCUGGAGUACCGCACGACGAGGGAGCGCGUGCUGCAGCAGAAACAGAAGCGGGCCAACCAUCGAGAGAGAAACAAGACCAGGGGGAAAAUGAUAACAGAUAGUGGUAAAUUUGGCGGCCCGCAGCCCGACGCACACGAGAGCCAGCCUCAAGGCAUCCAGUACGCCGAGGAUGCCGCCGAGCACCAAAACAUGAAGGCCGUGCUGAAGAGCAGCCUACAGAGCGGAGACAGCGAGACGUCCACAGUGCCGGGCCUCCGUGCUCGCACGCGAGCUGGCAGCACAAAAGGCCGAGUCCCUCCGUGGUGCGUGGCCAGCGAUGAUGCCAUCAACUGCACAGACGACACAGCUGACGAGAUCAUGGAGCGAAUAGUGCGCUCAGCCACUCAGGGUCCCAGCCAGAGGACGCAACCUCGCGAGAGGCGGCGCUCAAGAGUCAAUCGCAAAUCACUGAGGAGGACGCUGAAGGGUGCUUUGACAUCAGAGGAAGCCAAUGUGAUGGGCUUGUCCGGUGGUUCUGACAUGCAGGUGUGAACGAGGAACUGGAACUUGUUUGUGCGACCUUGAGAGCAGAAGCUAGGCUGAGCUUUACUAAUGCACUGCUUGAGCUGUCGUUGAACUGCACACUAAGAGCCCCUAAACGCAUCAUUGUAUGGUUGGGUGUUUUUUGGGGUCGAAGUGAGAGCAACAAGUCCCAAAGAUGGUUAUUGUGUACAAUACUACUGUGGUACUUUGGUAUGUCUCUCUGCACAAGGUGCACUGGAUCCUAACAGUUGGCUAUCGAUAGAAUGUGAAACCAUGGACACAUCCAAAUAUUCCAUCCAUUUAUUCAAAUAGAUUUGUUGCGCUGCACGUUUCAGUGCCUUUGUCACAUAUAUUUAUUAAAAAAAAUCACAACUGUGAUUUAGUGGCAACCAGUUUUCUGGGGUUAAUUAGAUGAUCAUGUAUAAACACAGGUAUUUAUGACAACUGUUUCCCCCCCAUUGCCUUACAUUUACUUUGAAAGGCUCCAUGAUCAUCACUGAAGCACUCCUCUCUUUAAACGUUCAAUGUGAGCAUUAUUUCAUGCACAUCUACGGUAUAUUGAUGUCAAAUGGCUGAUGUGUCUUUUAUUUUAAAAAAAAGCAGACCAGUUUAUCUUUCACUGUCUAAUCAGUUUUUUGGGGGGGGGUCAAAUUUUCACAAGUCAACAGUGUCCGUUUUCCAUUUAGAUAUAAUGGAAGUGUGGCCAUUAGAAGAAAAGAAAGCACCAGCAGUAGUCAUCUCUAUUCAGCACCUUAGCGUCCAAGUGUAGCCUAUUGUAAUGUUUCUACAAGCAAACAGAUGUGUAAAGUUACUUAGGUCAUAAUGUCAAAUGUCUUUUUUUGUGUAGAAUAGUGUAAUAUAGACAAAAAGCAGUAUUAUUAUUCUAAAUAUAAUUUAAAGCAAAGCAACCAGGCUGUGCUGUUUUUUUUUUUAAGAGUCACUUUUGGAAGGUAGUUUGAUAUUUGUAACUCUGAUGGAAGACUUUUGUGAUGUCAUUGCACUUCCUGCUAAGAGCGCCGCCCCUGCAACACAAGUGUUACACAACCUCAGCUUCAUCUGCAGCUAAUACAACUAUUGGAAUUAAAAAGCUCAUGAAAACUAUUUUCAGUGUUGAAGUGUCUUCUUUUUUUGUUAGGGGGAAAAAAAAGCCACACACACACUAAGUCCCAAAUUUAAAGUCUUAUGUUUAUUUUGAGUCCACCACACAACCCAUGCUUCAAGUCCCUGUGUGUUCAAGAGCACCUGCAGGUCUAGUUUAUCAAUGGUGUUUAGUCGCAGCCAUUACACGGACGUCUUUUGUCGUGUUUUGAGGUGCUCUGGACCUAAAUGUGAUCAUGAUGAAUAAACUGCAGAGACAAUACAAUGAACAGGACAGCUACCUAGCAAAAAGGAAAGAAGGAUGGAAGGAAAUACAAUGGAGCAGAAACAAAAAGAAAUACCAGCUGAAACACUGUCAGCAAAUCCAGUGCAACCCAACACACGUUCUGCUAUCUGAAAACUAAAAAAACGAAAAAAAUAAAAAAUACAAGGGCACAGGUUAAGAAUUAUAUAAUUUGUAUCUCCUGAUCAUAAUUCAAAUCAAUCAAUAUACACGUUCCCUGAACAAUUACUUUUGCACAGUACCUCAAAAUUGUAUAAAUUACAAAAUGGAAUAUUCCCUUUCCACCAGACGUGAUUUACUUUGUAAAACCCCUGAAUGAGUGAAAGGCAGAAAGCUCUGACGCACUUUAACAUUUUUAUAUUGCUACAUUUUUUUUUACCAAAAAUAAACAAAAAGGUCAUAUUUGCAUAUCCUCUUAGGUGUCAGGUUUUCAAACCAAAUAAUGUGGCGUUUUCUCUGAAAUAGCACCAAACGCCGCCUGUACGUUUAGUGGCGGGCAUUGAUCUUUUACAAAUAAUAAUG